AUGAUGUCCAAAAGAGUUUUAAUUGUUAACAAAACAUUUCCUAAAGUCGGAUUGGACCUCUUGCGAAAUAAACUACAGGUAACGGUGUUGCCAUACUUGGACUAUGAACCUGAUUUGUUACCAGAAAUAAAGAAAAAUAUAAUCGGGAUAGAGGCUUUAAUAUGGAACACGAAACAUCGCCUAACAAAAGAUCUUAUAGAUUUAGCUGGACCCCAGCUGAAAGCCGUAACUACUAUGGCUUCUGGUGUUGACCACAUUGAUGUACAGGAAUUGGCUAAGCGGGGAAUUCUCCUGGGAAACACUUUACACAGUUUAGACAAUGCCGUAGCAGACAUCACCGUUGGUCUUGUGAUAGCCGCCGCCAGGGGUUUUAAGGCUGGCAUUCGGGAGAUUGAAUGUGGCGAAUGGAAAUUCGGUGUCCAGUGGAAACUUGGGCAAGAUAUAGCGGGAAGUACUGUCGGUGUAGUGGGUUUGGGCGGGGUUGGACAGGCAGUUGUGAGACGAUUGAAAGGGUUCGAUGUCGCGAGAUUCAUAUACAGUGGUCGAUCUGACAAGCCCGAAGCCAAAUCUUUGGGAGUGGAACGUGUCCCCUUAGACCAAUUACUGAAAGAGAGUGACUUUGUGAUCCUCGCCUGUCCUUUCACACCUGAAACCAAACAUCUAAUUAACGCUGAAACCCUCAAAUUGAUGAAGAAGACAUCAGUCGUCAUCAAUAUUGGCAGAGGAGAUCUAAUAAACCAAGACGCAUUAUAUGACGCUCUGAAAGAGGAACGUAUCUUUGCUGCCGGCUUGGACGUGGUGACUCCGGAACCAUUGCCGCACAGCCAUCCUCUUGUAUCACUCCAGAAUUGUUGUAUAAUACCACAUUUGGGCAGUGCCACGCAUAAAACCCGAGACGCUAUGGCUACCACCUCAGCACAAAAUAUACUUUUGGCUAUGAAUGGAGAGAAAAUGGUAUAUCCUGUAUACUAA